AUGGCUGACUCGAUGACACUAAUUACGAUCAAGGGGCGGUAUUUCUGGCAGGGCGACAAGCGAUUCCUCGUCAAUGGUGUCGUAUACCAGCAGUACCGCCCCAAGGGCGCCGCGGGCAGUCCAGAUCCAUUAGCGGACGACCAGCUGGAAGAUCUCAGGCGCUGCAUCCCGCUGUUCAGAGAGCUGGGACUCAACACGCUGUUCAUCUAUUCCAUCGACGAGACCAAGAACCAUGACGAAGCCAUGAACCUGCUGGCCGAGGCCGGCAUCUACGUGCUCUUAGGCCUCUCUACCCCGCGCCGCGCCAUCAGCCGCAUCGCGCCGUACGAGUCGUACACGGUGGACCUGCUGCAACAGACCUUCCGGGCCGUCGACGCCGUGGCCGCGUACCCGAACACGCUGGGCGUCAUCGUCUCCAACGAGGUCAUCAGCACGACGCAGUCGACGCGCGCCGCGCCCGUGAUCCGCGCCCUGACGCGAGAUGUCAAGAGGUACAUGGCCGAGGCCGCGGACCGGGCCGGGCAGCGCGUCCUGCCCGUCGGCAUCAGCGCUGUAGACGUACUGAGUUUCCAGAUGCUGCAGUUUGACUACUUCAGCGCGGGGCCUGAGGAGGAGGCUAUCGACUUCUUUUCGUUCAACAACUACUCUUGGGCUGGGGAGUCGUCGUACACAGUAUCGGGCUAUGAAAACAAGGUAAGAAAGAGCGCGACCUUGAGAUAUCCGUUUGGUGCCCCGUUCCAUGAAUACUCGGAGCCAAUUCUUAAUACCGCACAGGUCAGGAAUUUCUCGAAGACGCACAUUCCAGUCUUUUUCUCGGAAUACGGCACAAAUUUGAAUAUGCCCCGAACCUUUCACGAGACCACCUGCAUCUACACGCACCCGGAGAUGACGCGUGUGUUCUCCGGGGGUAUCGUCUACGAGUUCAUGUACGGUUUGAACAAGUACGGCAUCGUCGAACGGCACGCCGACGGCACGUUCGAGAAGCUGGCGGACUUUGAAAACCUCAAGGGGCGGCUGCAAUCUCGGGGAACGGAGGAGCCGGCGAGGAUCGAUGAUGCCGAAGCGUCCGCCUUGAGGAAACCGGAAAUGCCUGAGCCGGGGCGAAAUUGGCUGGCCGACGGACCUAUCCCGGUGUGUCCGUUGGAUUGGGAGGAAGUCCGGAGGCAGAUCGAAGACGGACAAUGGGUCGAUGUGGACGAGGAGAUAUGGGAGCUGGAUACUGAGAGCUGGGUGUUGAGGGCUUUCCGGCCUCGAUAUGAGGGCGAAUCCGUGUCAACGGAACAGGUCCCUCCCUAA